UAAUUAGUUUGAUAAAAGCGUUUCCUUAGUUUUUGGACACGUUUCGUUUGGUUAGCUCACUAGCUAGCAGCUACUAGAGUGUCAUAUUAAGUAGAAAUGGUUCCAGUGUGGAUAAAGUGAGUGUUCAUACUGAUCAGAUCUACAAUGGGGAAAAGAAAGGACAUGGUUCACCCCAGAUAUCUACUAGGGGAUGAUGACGACAAUGAGGACUACAGCCUGCACAAAAAGAAGCACAAAAAGCACAAGAAACAUAAGAAAAAGCACCACCGGGACGAUGGUCACAGAGACUCCUCAGAGACUGUGGAGUCAGACUCGGGCAUGUCUUCACUAAAACCUCCACAGCUAAAGCUGAAAAUCAAACUAGGAGGACAAACCAUGGGCACCAAGAGUGUUCCUACCUUUACUGUGGUGUCGGAUGCUGUGCGCUCGGUGUCUCCACUGAUUGUGGACAGCGAUGACGACGACGACUCCUCUGAUGAUGAUGAUGAUGAAGAUGAGGAUGAUGACGACGAUGACGAUGAUGAGGAUGAUGAUGAACCAUCAGAGGGAGUUCCUAUUGAGCAGUAUCGUGCCUGGCUUGAUGAGGACAGUAACCUGGAGCCGUCACCUCUGCCAGACAUGGACACAGACUCUUUUUUGGAAGGUCCUUUGGAUGAGGAGGAGAAAUGGCUGGAUGCAUUGGAGAAAGGAGAACUGGAUGACAACGGAGAGCUCAAGAAAGAGAUAGAUGAGUCACUUCUUACUGCCAGACAGAAAGCGCUGUUGCACAAGCAGCAGAGUGUGCCUCUGCUCGAGCUGCCCAUGGGCUAUAAGGAGAAGGAAAUGACUGCAGAGAUGCUGCAAAAACGGGAAGAAAGGGCCCGGAAGAGACGCCUACAGGCCGCCAAAAAGGCUGAGGAAAACAAGAACCAGACCAUCGAAAGACUCACCAAGACCAGCAAGGCCAAAAUCAAGAGCACAAAGGAGCGCAAGGCCAAGCAAGCGCAGGUUCCCAUGGUCAGGUACUCCGACAAUGCACAAGGAGCUGUAAUCUCUUACCCAGUUGGGGUUACCUCUCCUGUCCCUGCCCCUCCACACCCUUCUCCUCCUGCUCCAGUAAGCUGUGGGGUGGCUGGCUGCCCCAAUCUAAAGAAGUAUUCAUGCUCUAAGACUGGAACACCACUCUGCAGUCUGGACUGUUAUAGAAAAAACCUACUGCUGGUGCAGAGUGCAGCGUGAACGUCAUGAACUCCACUCAAAAGUUUUAACACUGCAUAGACUGCACUAAUCACGUAUGAUUUUGUGGACUGGUCCGGGUAUUUUGUUGUAAGACACAUAAAGUACAACAUAACAUGAAAGCAAAUUUGGAUUCAUUUUAUACAUCUGUGAUGUAUAAACAGCAUCAUAUAAAGAUUCAAUACAAAACAGUGAUUUACACCUUGCAA